AAACUGUCAAAGUAAACGUCAAACAUACGAAUGAGAAAAACAACACUAAAAAAAAAGGCAAUUUGAAUAAAUAGCAAAUACAAUAGAUCGAUUAAUAAUAAUAAUAAUAACAAUAAUAAUAAACAAGUGCAACUAUUUUAUUGCGUGAAGAGUCAAAUGUUCCAAAAUGAAUAAAAAUGUAAAGCCCAAAACUGAAAUAGAAGAUCAUGCAGAGAGUUCCCCGGAAUCCCUAUUAAACCAAUUGGAAAACCAGGAUAUCCCAGUUAUUAAUAUCGUGUUAGAUCCCGGUCAGGUACCGUCUAAUACAAACAGCUUAAACGUACAAAUUCCCUUAUUCAUAAAGAAAAUAUGGAAAAUGAUAAACGACCCCAGCACAGAUGACAUCAUUAGCUGGACCGAAGAUGGACAAGGGUUCGUUAUACAUGACCAACUAAAGUUUAUAUCAGAAACCCUUCCGAAGUACUUUAAGCAUAACCAGAUGAGUAGUUUCGUCAGACAGCUGAACUUGUAUGACUUUCAUAAAGUGCAAAAUGUUGAGGACGAAUGUCACUUUACUCAACCAUUUUUUCAGAAAGAUCUUCCUGAACUUUUGCCAUUGAUUAAAAGAAAAACUCAACCAAGUCGUCCAAAAGCCUCAACUUCAAGACUAUCCAACAACCAACAGCAACAGAACCAACAUCAAACUGAUGUGCAAAAGCUCCAGACUACUCUAAAGGAAAUCAAAACAAAAAGUGAUACAAUCUCAAAUGAGAUGACGAAAUUGCGGCAAGAGAACGCCGCCCUAUGGAGGGAAAUGAACUCGUUAAGACUGAAGUACUCGAAACAGACGAAAAUCAUUAAUAAACUGAUACAUUUCCUUAUUGCUUAUGUGCAAAAGCAUCACAAUGCGAGGAGUAGUAGAGGGGGAAGGACAGUGAGCACCAGCAACUCAAACAAAUAUCUUAAGACCGGACCUAAGAUCUUGGAGCUUGAUUAUAGAUAUCGGAAUAAUCCUCAUGAGUUUUGGUCAGAAUUUGAUGAACACCAUGAUAAGAAUGGUGUUGAAAAUGUGGCCUAUACUGUUGUGGAACCUGGAGAAAAUGUUAGUGAUAAUGAAAAUCCUCAAACUCGUCAAAGUCCCUUACCGAACAUGCAGGUCUCAACUGCCUUAGAAGACAUUCUACCUAGCGCCAGUCAAAAUCUAACCAACCAAAACCCUCAGAACCUUCCUCAGUUUGAUUACUCGACCAGCAUACCGUCAACAAGUAAAACGCCUUCUAACGGUGCCUUACAAAGAGCCAGAGGUCAGGAAUCUUUAGGGUAUCGCAUCGAUAAUUCGAGGGUAGAACGGAACCAAAUCAAAGAGCUCUUGAUGAACCUCACCCCCGAGGACAUGACCAACUUCUAUAAAUUGGUAAAUGACAAUUAUAAGUUGCAAGAGGACGAUUUGAUGCACGAUGCGGAGCAGGAUUUGGAGGUUGUAAAAGAACCGACGGAUUCGCAACCGCAGGGUGCCCAGGUUGAUUUGGAUAGUGUUAUGGAUAAAAAUGACAAUUUUGAUAAUGGCCAGUUAAGUGAGGCAGUUUGGAACGAUAUCAUCCAGGUCCAAAGUGAACAGCCCGACGUGGUUACUUAUCCGAACAAUUUGAACGAGCCUAACGUUGAUCCAUCUACCUCUAUUGGACUCGGUACGGAUGAACUUUUGAAUACCGACGAUUUGUUGACCAAUGUUUCUGUUGAUCAAUAUUUUAGUAUCGAUUAGGCCAAUUUUCUUAAUCGAUUAUGCUUUUUAUGUUAUUGCUUUUUUUAAUCAUAUUUUAGUUAUGUCUCGAUACUACUACUGCAUUUUUUGUCAAACAAUUCAGGUAGUCGGUUUACUUAUUUAUUAAAUUAAUUUUAUGUUAAAAUACAGUCAGUACAAAAACUGAUUUUAGUGUUUCAAUGAUCGUGAACAUGUUUUGUAAAAUAUUGUAAUACAUUGAGGAAAUAAUAUAUUUAAUCUGUUAAUUUUAUUUAA